AUGGAGGGAUUUGAUACUAUGGCUAUGCCUCCUUAUUUGGCGAGUCCUUUGUCUCUAGGUAAUCUUCAGGGGACAGACUAUCUCAAUGCUAUGUCCGGUCUGGAUCUUCCCGAUCAUCGUUCCAACUUUGACUCCGAAACCUUUGCCAGUGAUGAUAUUGCUUUCACCCAAAAUAGUCUACCGCACUCAUUGAAGCGCUUCCCCUCUGGCUAUGAUGAUCCGUUUACCGAUCUGGUCGCGCCUACAUUUGACCCCGUGCUUCCAGAGCAACCUCAGGACUCCUCUAUCGAUCACAAUAACAAGUUACUGAGCUUUUCCCUACCGAUAUACCACUUCACUUUGCUGGACUACUCAAUGCGCCGCACCUCCUUGUCUGUCUCCGCUCAGCUGCAUGGCAUGUUCUUCCUUGCAGAGUCGCCUUAUACAACAUCGCCUUCUGAGAAUGCCCCACCACAACAGGGUGCCGAGUUGACCUGUUACCGUCGCAAUCUCUUUCAAAUCACAGGCUCAGUCACAUUGCCGCGAGGCAUGCGCUACAUCAUGACAGAUCAGGGUAAUCGCAUCCCCAUUCUGGCUCAAGAGUUGACCGUCUCAGCCACCGAAUCGGUAGAAGGGAAUCCGGUGAAGAUUAUAUCUGUUCCAUGGAAGACACCGUCGGCCGCAGCGGCCAACUCUGGAACGGCCCUCGAGGACAACAAUACCGGCACCGCUGCCAAAGUCGAAAAGGAACCCCCUCCAAUCCCACUUGAUAUAAUGGCUGGCCAGGAUCUAGAUACGGACUAUGCCACCUUUCCCAUCGCCUGGAAGCGACUACAGUUCCGUGUGGCAACAGCCAACAACGGCCGUCGCAAGGAGUUACAGCAACAUUUUGUCGUUCGGCUAAAGGUGAUCGCAACUUUGUCGACUGGGGAUAAAAUCUCAAUUUCCGAAGUGCAGUCGGGCCCUGUCAUUGUCCGUGGCCGGAGUCCGCGUAAUUUCCAAUCUCGCAAGGAUCUUCCUCUGAGUGGCAGUGCUGCCGCAUCACGCAAGAACCAGGCCAACUCGGCUGCGCUCAACCGCACCCCUACCAACGAUUCUUCCCUACGUCGUGCUAGUGUGACCCCAGCCAAGAGCAAAACUCUACAUAGCAGUUCUCCUGAGACCACCUCUGUCCCGCCUCCAACUCUCAUGCAGCAACCUCAACCAACGCCGGAUUGGACCCCAAUCCCGCAAUCCGCUUCUGUAAUGUCCCAUACUCAUACCCACCAGUCCCUCUUCCCCCAGUCCAGCCCAGAGCAAUUAUCUCAUGCCUCUGAUCAACGGCGCAUCGGUAAUUCAUUAGCAGCAGCAGCGGCGCCUAUAAAUUUAUCUCUGUUGGAUGAGGAAGAGACUAAUGGAGGUCUCCAGAUGGAUCAGAAGAUCAUGGCAUCCUACAAUGAGAUGAUGCCGCAACAAAAUGUGAACAUGGAUCACUCGGCCCCACCGGCUAAAAUGCGCAAGAUGUCUCAUAAUGUUGCUCACAACCCAGCUCGAAGUGUGGCUUCAUCUAUUCCCUUGUUGGAGACUGCCAAUCUACAUCAACAAUUUGUGUCCUCCCUGCCAUUCCCUAAUGAGACCACAGAUUUCCUCUAUGAGUAUUUUCCUCUCGGUAUGGAUGACUGGCAAGCACCUGUUGAUGCCGUCUACCGGCCGCAUGUGGUCCAUCAUACCAACAUGCCGGAGAUGAAGUUUGUGACGUCAAGGGGUCGCGGCAAACGGUAUUUUGCUGCUGAAGAUGUCUUUUAA